AUGACGGCCCCUGCGGCGGUGGACCACGGCGUGUCCAAGGAUGGAGACGUGAUGCUCGCUGCCUUCUUCCCCGUCUGUUUAUACUACGUCUACGUGAGUCCGCUCUUUCCGGCGGAGAAACCUGCCUUCAGACGCUUUCAGCCCAAGAACUUCCAGCACGUGCUGGCCCUGAUGUUUGCUGUCGAGGAGAUCAACAGGAACCCCCACCUGCUGCCCAACCUCACUCUAGGAUUUGAUCUCUACAAUGUCAUGCCCAGCGACAUGAGGAUCCUGAAGAAUCCACUCGCGUGGCUGACGGGGCUGGACGGAGGCAUCCCUAACUACACGUGCAGGAGAGGGGCCAAGGCUGUGGCGGUGCUAGCAGAGACUGGAAUUGCAGCGCAUACGGGGAUGCUGCUGGAACUGUACCGAAUCCCACAGCUCACAUUCGGCCCUUUGGAUCCUCUUCUGAGCGACAGCAGCCAGUUUCCCUCCGUCUAUCAGAUGGCCCCAAAGGACACUUCUCUGGCCCUCGCCAUGGUCUCCCUGAUGCUGCACUUCGGCUGGACGUGGGUGGGGCUGGUUGUCUCGGAUCACCAGGAGGGUGUGGCGUUUGUGUCUGAUCUGAGAAGAGAGAUGCAGGAGCAUGGCCUGUGCCUGGCCUUUGUGGAGCUGAUUCCAGUGCAGCAGCGUUUUCAAACUGCAUUAAUUUUUGCACCCAUAUUUCGCAUCGUGGCAUCAGCAGCUAGUGUGGUUGUUCUAUUGGGUGACACGGCAUCCUUUAGGAACUUUUACCUGGCAUACUAUCUGAUAACGGACAAAGUCUGGGUCACAACCUCCCACUUGGAAUUUGCCAACAUUGCACAAUACUUCCUGCUGAACACCUUCCACGGGACCCUCAUCUUCUCUCACCACCACAGCGAGAUCUCAAGCUUCCGAACGUUCCUACGUACGGCAACCCCUGCCAAGUACCCACAAGACAUUUACCUUGCCCUGUUCUGGUCUCUCGCCUUUAACUGCUCCGUUUCCGAAGCUGACUGCAGGACGCUGCAAGGCUGUCCCCCAGAUGCCUCUCUGGAGCGGCUGCCCUGGCAUCUUUUUGACAUGACAAUGAAUGAUGGGAGCUACUACAUAUAUAAUGCGGUACACGCUGUGGCCCACUCUUUGCACAAGAUGCUUCAGCACAAGUCAGAAGCACAGCCGCCAGGGACUGGUGGGAAGGUGGUGACUCCCCACUGGCAGAUGCACUCCAUUCUCAAGAGCCUCCAGUUUGCCAAUCCUGCUGGCGACCCUGUCCAUUUGGACCAGAAAAGAAAGCUGGCUGCAGCAUAUGACAUUCUCAACUUCUGGAAUUUUCCAGAAGGACUCGGCCAUACCGUCAAAGUGGGACACUUCUUGCCCUACGACCCACCAGGCCAACGGUUGUCUCUCUCUGAGGAGCUGAUAGAGUGGCCCACGGGGAUCACACAGAUCCCAUGCUCGGCGUGCAGCCCCAGCUGUGGCCCUGGGUUCAGCAGGACCACCCGGGAGGGAGCGCCCACCUGCUGUUUCGACUGCACCCGCUGUCCAGACAAUGAGAUUGCCAAUGCGACCGAUAUGGACCAGUGUGUGACCUGUCCUGACCACCAGUAUGCCAAUGCAGAGCAUGACCGAUGCCUGGACAAGCGAGUGACAUUCCUGGCUUUCAAAGAUCCCCUGGGAAUGGCCCUGGCCUGCACAGCUCUGUCCCUCUCCAUCCUCACAGCUGCCAUCCUUGGAGUCUUUGUGAAGCACCAAGACACUCCCAUCGUCAAGGCCAAUAACCGCAACCUCAGCUACAUCCUGCUCAUCUCACUCCUCCUCUGCUUCCUCUGCUCCUUCCUCUUCAUUGGCCGUCCCAACACAGCCACCUGCCUCCUGAGACAAAUCACAUUUGCCCUGGUGUUCACAGUGGCUGUUUCUGCCGUGCUGGCCAAAACCAUCACUGUGGUUCUGGCCUUCAAGGCCAUGAAGCCUGGAAGGACCAUGAGGCGAUUGCUGGUGUCAGGAGCCCCAAACGCUGUCAUUCCCAUCUGCUUCCUCAUCCAACUCACUCUCUGUGCCAUCUGGCUGGCAACAUCUCCUCCCUUUGUGGACACAGAUGCACACUCUGAGCAUGGACACAUCAUCCUCUUGUGCAACGAGGGCUCCAUCACUGCCUUCUACUGUGUGCUGGGCUUCCUGGGCUCGUUGGCCCUGGGCACCUUCACUGUGGCUUUCCUUGCCAGGAAGCUGCCUGACACGUUCAAUGAAGCCAAGUUCCUGACGUUCAGCAUGCUGGUGUUCUGCAGUGUGUGGGUGACCUUCCUGCCUGUGUACCAGAGCACCAAGGGGAAGGUGAUGGUGGCCGUGGAGGUCUUCUCCAUCUUGGUCUCCGGUGCUGGUCUCCUGGGCUGCAUCUUUGUUCCCAAGUGCUACAUCAUUCUCCUACGGCCUGAGAAGAACUCUCUGAAAGGAUUCAGGAAUAUUCAUAUCAAGAGCAGCUCCUAA